AUGGAGGAUUUAUACUACCAAUUUUCAAAUUUUACUCUCAAGGAAGAACCUGAAGAAGAAAGGGCCAAUAUUUACAAGUCACUGAUCAUCAACACUUCUAAGGAGAUGAUGUGCUUCAGUGACUAUCCCAUCCCAGAUCACUAUCCUAACUUCAUGCACAACUCCCAGGUCCUGGAGUAUUUCAGGAUGUAUGCCAAUGAAUUUGACCUUCUACAAUACAUUCGAUUUAAGACCACCGUGUGCUGUGUGAAGAAGCAGCCUGAUUUCUCCACUUCAGGCCAAUGGGAGGUGCUCACGGAAUCUGAAGGGAAAAAGGAGGUGAAUGUCUUCGAUGGAGUUAUGGUUUGCACUGGCCAUCACACCAAUGCUCACUUACCCUUGGAAAGCUUCCCUGGAAUUGAGAAGUUCAAAGGACAACACUUUCACAGUCGAGAUUAUAAGAAUCCAGAGAGUUUCACUGGAAGAGUCAUUAUAAUUGGCACUGGGAAUUCUGGAAGCGAUCUGGCUGUGGAAAUUAGCCACACAGCCAAGCAGGUUUUCCUCAGCACCAGAAGAGGGGCUUGGAUCUUCAAUCGUGUCGGAAACUAUGGAUAUCCUUUUGAUGUGUUGUUGACUUCUCGAUUUCAAUAUUUUAUGAAGAUUUGUGGUCAAUCAUUAGCAAAUAUAUUUUUGGAAAAAAAGAUGAAUCAAAGGUUUGAUCAUGAAAUGUUUGGCCUGAAGCCUAAACACAGAGCUCUGAGUCAGCAACCAACCAUAAAUGAUGAUCUGCCAAACUGCAUAAUUUCUGGCUUGGUGAAGGUGAAAACAAAUGUGUAGGAAUUCACAGAGACAGCGGCCAUAUUUGAGGAUGGCUCCAGGGAAGAUGACAUUGAUGCUGUUAUCUUUGCUACAGGCGAUAGCUU